CUCGAAUUUUUGAUCUUUCACAUUUCUCCGAAUAUAAAAUCCACCUGAGCCUUCGCGAAAGGCUCUCCAUCUUCUUAUCUCACUCACUCUCCGAAGCUCAUCAGCUCGAAGAGUCUCUCUGUUUCUGAGUUCUGAAUUCUCCGGCGUACGGUCACCGGCGAGGAUGGCGGUUCUGCUUUCUACCCUCGCGACGGAGAUUGUGAUCCCCGUCGCCGCCGUCAUCGGGAUCGUGUUCUCGCUUGUCCAGUGGUUCAUCGUAUCGCGCGUGAAGGUCACGCCAGAGCGUCACGCGCCGCCGCCUGGGCCCAACAGUAACAAGAACGGCUUCAACGACUACCUCAUUGAGGAGGAGGAAGGCCUCCAUGACCAAAACGUCGUCGCUAAGUGCGCUGAGAUACAGAACGCUAUCUCUGAAGGUGCAACAUCCUUUCUUUUCACCGAGUAUCAGUAUGUUGGGGUCUUCAUGGUUGUUUUUGCAAUCUUGAUCUUCCUCUUCCUUGGGUCUGUGGAGGGUUUCAGCACAAAGAGCCAACCCUGCACUUAUGAUGCGCAAAGGACCUGCAAGCCAGCACUUGCAACUGCAAUUUUCAGCACUGUAGCUUUCGUACUUGGUGGUGUUACCUCGAUCCUUUCUGGUUUUCUUGGGAUGAAAAUUGCCACUUAUGCGAAUGCUAGGACAACAUUGGAGGCAAGAAAAGGUGUUGGGAAGGCCUUUAUUGUUGCAUUUAGGUCUGGUGCAGUAAUGGGAUUUCUCCUUGCUGCAAACGGUCUUUUGGUACUUUAUAUUACUAUCAAUGUCUUUAAGGUGUACUAUGGUGAUGACUGGGAAGGCCUUUUCGAGUCAAUUACUGGCUAUGGUCUUGGUGGAUCAGCCAUGGCUCUCUUUGGAAGAGUUGGUGGUGGUAUCUAUACCAAGGCUGCUGAUGUUGGUGCUGACCUGGUAGGAAAGGUUGAAAGAAAUAUUCCUGAAGAUGACCCAAGAAAUCCAGCUGUGAUUGCUGACAAUGUUGGUGAUAAUGUUGGGGACAUUGCUGGGAUGGGAUCUGAUCUUUUUGGCUCAUAUGCUGAAUCAUCUUGUGCUGCCCUAGUCGUUGCUUCCAUUUCCUCAUUUGGAAUCAACCAUGAGUUCACCUCUAUGUUGUAUCCUCUCCUCAUCAGUUCUAUGGGCAUCCUUAUUUGUUUAAUCACAACCCUAUUUGCCACUGAUUUCUUUGAGAUCAAGGCUGUCAAGGAAAUUGAACCAGCUUUGAAAAAGCAGCUUAUCAUCUCCACUGUUCUCAUGACUGUUGGAAUUGCAAUUAUUAGCUGGAUUGCUCUGCCGUCAUCCUUCACAAUUUAUAACUUUGGGGUUCAGAAAGUUGUAAAGAACUGGCAAUUGUUCUUGUGUGUGGCUGUUGGUCUUUGGGCUGGACUUAUUAUUGGGUUCGUCACUGAGUAUUAUACUAGCAAUGCAUACAGCCCUGUGCAAGAUGUUGCUGAUUCCUGCAGGACCGGUGCUGCCACCAAUGUUAUCUUUGGGCUUGCUCUGGGAUACAAAUCAGUCAUCAUUCCAAUUUUUGCCAUUGCAGUCAGCAUUUUUGUUAGUUUUAGCUUUGCUGCAAUGUAUGGCAUUGCAGUGGCUGCACUUGGGAUGCUGAGCACCAUCGCUACAGGUUUGGCCAUUGAUGCUUACGGGCCCAUUAGUGACAAUGCUGGAGGCAUUGCUGAAAUGGCAGGCAUGAGCCAUAGAAUCCGUGAGAGAACUGAUGCUCUUGAUGCUGCCGGCAAUACCACUGCUGCCAUUGGGAAGGGAUUUGCCAUCGGAUCUGCUGCUCUGGUGUCUUUGGCCCUGUUUGGUGCCUUUGUCAGCCGCGCAGCAAUUUCAACAGUUGAUGUCUUAACCCCAAAGGUCUUUAUUGGACUGAUUGUCGGUGCAAUGCUUCCUUACUGGUUCUCUGCCAUGACCAUGAAGAGUGUGGGAAGUGCAGCACUAAAAAUGGUUGAGGAAGUCCGCAGGCAGUUCAAUACCAUUCCAGGUCUCAUGGAGGGUACCGCUAAGCCCGACUAUGCUACUUGUGUCAAGAUCUCCACUGAUGCAUCCAUCAAGGAGAUGAUUCCACCGGGUGCCCUUGUCAUUCUUACCCCUCUCAUUGUUGGAACAUUAUUUGGCGUGGAGACCCUAUCUGGUGUUCUUGCUGGUUCACUCGUUUCCGGUGUGCAGGUAGCAAUAUCUGCUUCCAACACAGGUGGUGCAUGGGACAAUGCUAAGAAGUACAUUGAGGCUGGUGCUUCAGAGCAUGCAAGGACCCUUGGGCCAAAGGGAUCUGACCCACACAAGGCAGCAGUGAUUGGUGACACCAUUGGGGACCCACUGAAGGACACCUCUGGCCCAUCACUCAACAUCCUCAUCAAGCUCAUGGCAGUGGAGUCCCUUGUGUUUGCUCCCUUCUUUGCCACUCAUGGUGGCCUACUUUUCAAGAUCUUCUGAGGAGUUGGAGUUGGGGGGAGAGUGUGUUUUCUGCCAUGGCCAUUGUAUCAGGGGAAAAUGGCCUUAUAAUAUCGUUUGGUUCUAUUUUUGGUCUGGCGGGCUGAGGUUUUAUUAUUAACUUUUCCUUUUCUUGUACCAGUAUCUCUCUUCCCUCUUCCCUCUUCCCCCCACCCUCUUUUAGUUAGUGUUUCUGUUAAUUUGUCAACUCUGAGAAUUUUAAUGACGAAAAUUAGAUGUACCAAUUGAAACGUUUUUAUGAAAAAUGGGUUCUAACUUGGACUCAAAAUUUCAUUUUCCCCCCAA